AUGCGGGCCGUUAAUGAUCGUGAACGAUUAUGUCUUGAACGGGGUCCUGGUAAACGUUUUGGACACCAUAUGGCCUUCCAUGACGGACGCCUCUACGUCGGGUUCGGCUCGGACGGCGUCGGACCACUGUUCGACGUUUGGUACUACGACCUGACUACCGUCCUCCAAGCCCGAAACCAGACUCUGGAAUUACAGGACGUCCUGACCGCUGGGGCUUGUCCGGAUUCGAAAGCGCGACCUGAAGGUUUGGGCUGGAACUAUGUGACAUUGUACAACGACCGGAGUGAGGUAGUACGUCUAAACGAGUCGCGAGUGGAUUCUGCGGCUACGCAACUUCCGGAAACGACAAGGUGGCUGAUCCAUGGCGGCGGAGGGUGUUACGGACCGUUAACAAACUCUUGUUUGGAAAUCGACCUGGUCAGUCACGAGUGCCGUUGUUUUAGAGUGCCUUUGGCGACAAGUGACGCCGACGCACUUGGGCGAAGUUCAGCCGGGCGAAGUUCAGCCGGGCGAAGUUCAGCCGGGCGAAGUUCAGCCGGGCGAAGUUCGAUGUUCGAUGAGGUUUCGGCAGAGGUUGAAAGCAGCGUUGCGGGGUGUGAGACGGAGGCUGCUCCACGUCGGAUUCUUCAGGGACUUCGUGGCCAUGCACUUGUGGCACUGUCAAAGGAUAUGGUGCUGGUUCUAGGUGGAUUAACUUCGAAGGCCCGACCGAGCCAAGCGGCGUACGUUUUGCAGGCUAACCCCAGUGGCUGGCACAUGCGCAAACGGACCCCGGCACGACUACCGACCAACUACCUCCAAAGCACCGCUUCCCUCUUCACCUACAACGCCGAAGAGACCGUGGACGAAAAAGCCCCAGGCGACAAGGCCUCAACCAACGGGCACAAGCAACCCGCGGGGGGAGCCGCGGGGAGAGAAAACGAAGCGCCGGAAAGAGGAGAGAAAGGCGGGGUUCGAGAAGGGGCUGAGCGUGGCCGGGAGGAAGCUCAGGGGGGAGAGGACUACGUUCGGGACAAUGUUCAGGACAAUGUCCACGACUACGUUCGGGACAAUGUCCAGGACUACGUUCGGGACAAUGUCCAGGACUACGUUCGGGACGAUGUUCAGGACAAUGUUCAGGAUGAAGUCACGAGAAAGGAACAAGAGGCAAGAAAGCACGGGGCGGAGCUGGGCGUUGAACCCGCGUCUUUACGCUCCAAAGCUCCAUACCGACAGUUUUUGCUCGGCAGCAGUGAAGAACCCACUUCCGACCGAGACGAAAGAUCGUGGUAUGAAGUCGACACUUCCAUAGGCAGAGACCAACCAUCGGUGGGCAGGAAAUCAACUGACAGAGAAUCAACCGGCAGAGGAUCAUCAUCUACGGGCGGCAGAGGAUCAGUCGCCGGCAGAGAUCAUCACCUGGACUUGAGUCGGCUCCGAAUCCCAAUCUUCCCCCAAAACAAAUCGGUUUCGAAGUACGAUCAAAAAACGGACGAUGGUUCCAGCGACGAUCAUGAACUGGAGUUCUUGCGAAGUCGCUGCAAAGAGCUACAGGUGGAAAACAAUCGACUUAGGCGCAGAAUUUUUGAUCUUGAAAAAAAAUUGAUAAACCACUGA